AUAUCUUUGAUAUUUACUUGUAGAAAGUAAACACUGGACUUAUUAUUAUUUUUUAUGAAAUGCCGUAGUAUUUAAUUGUGUAACCUUUCUUGGGUAAAACAUUUGGGUCCCCGGUGACCGGAGGAAGUGUAAACAGUUCGAGGAUAUGUGGAAAGUAAUGGUUCCUGGGAAAUGAGGCGAAAAUAACUAACCUAAUCGUACCUAUUCAGAACCACCCCGUCAGGAUCAAAGGAUAAACUUGGAUACGUGUUAAGGAAUUUUUACCAUACACCUAUUAACAUGCUACCUCAGCGUUGUUUCAUCUCCGUGGCCCACCUCCUCGGCAAAGUGGGGCUCGCAAGUGCCCACCAGCAGUGUCGGAGCGUCCCGGUGCACAAGUUUUUGGCGGCCAGCAGGCGCCUUUGCUCGCAGAGGAAGUUUGUGGGUGCGGAGGGAGGCGCAGAAACAGUCGCAGCACCCGGCAGUGACCCGGAAGUGUUUGGUGACUUACGUGGCACACGCAGGACGUUCGAGGAGGCCGAGGGGGACGAGAGUGACAAGAUGGACGAGGAGAGGCGUAAUGCCAGUCAGCUCCGCACCGAGGAGUAUGCAGGCAUGAUCAAGGCACUGCUCCAACAAAAGAAGCUGGCGGAGGCCCUGGACGUCUUGGAGACACGCAUGCUGAAGGAGGACUUUGCCAAGCCGCCGUACUACCUGUUCAACCUGCUGAUAGGAGCCUGCGGCCGCGCCGGCUACACCAGGAAGGCCUUCCACCUCUACAACCAGCUCAAGAAGCGGGGUUUGCAUGUGAGUGCCUCUGUGUACACGGCCCUGUUCAACUCGUGCGCCAACAGCCCGUUCCCCGAGGAGGCUCUGAAGAAGGCCGUGCACCUGUGGGAGCUCAUCCAGGAAAAGGGCUACCAACCAAACAGGAUGAACUACAAUGCCAUGAUCAAAGCGUUUGGCCGCUGUGGGGACCUGGCGUCUGCGUUCAGCGUGGUGGACGUGAUGGCUGACCAGGGGCUGCUGCCGACCGACGAGACCUUCAACUUCCUGCUGCAGGCCUGUAUCUCGGACCAGGAUGCCGGCUUUCGCCACGCCCUGAUGGUGUGGAGGAAGCUGGUGCAGAAGGGUGUGAGGCCGGAAGUGUACACAUUCAACCUCCUGCUCCGAAGCACGCGCGACUGCGGUCUGGGCGACCCCGCCACCACCUCUGACGCGCUGCAAGCCCUCGUGGACCAGGGGGCGAGCGGUGGUCCCCAGCUAGAAGCCGGGCCUGCUGCUCCUGGGGAGCUGGUGCCAGGCGACUUGGUGCAGGAGAAUAGGCCCAAUCUGCUGGCACCACGCCCGCACCUCGGAGACCUCGUGGCUGUCGGCGAGGUGACCCGGCCGGAGGACAGGCUAUUGCUGCUGGGAGGCUGUUCUGGAUUUCUCCGAGUCAUGGAGCUGGCGGGCGUGGAGCCGAACAUCAAGACCUUCACGCUGUUGCUGGACGUCAUUCCUGCGACCAUCACUGCAGAGAAGGCGCUCCUUUCAACCAUGCAGCAUUGCUCAGUGAGAAAGGAUAUAGACUUCUUCAACAUGUUAAUCAAGAAGAGAAGUUUGAGGUUCGACUAUGAAAAUGCCCGUAAAGUGCUGCAGCUGAUAUCGGAGGAGAAGUUGAGCCCCGACAUUGUGACGUUCGGGGUGCUGUCUUUGGGCUGCAAGACGAAGGAGGAGGCUCAGAACUUUGUGAGGGAGAUGACGGAUGCUGGGUUCAGGCCCAACAACGCGAUCCUGGGCGCCAUGAUGCAGCAGGCGGUGUGGCGGGGCGGCGUGGACUACGUGCUGGAGGUGAUGGAGAUGGUGCUGAGGGAGCAGGUGCGGCCCAACCCCCGGUUCAUGCAGCACCUCGCCCGGUUCCACGACGCCGGCCGCCGCCGCCUGGCUGAGGGCAGCAAGGACGACGCCAGGAGCAGGCGCAAGUUCGAGCGGUUGUUCGCGGUGUUCCAGCAGCGCUUCGCCAGGUGGGUGAAGCAGGCAGACCCGGACACCGAGCCGGCCCACCCUUGGGAGCAGUUCCGGGUGCGCAAGAAAGCUUAGCACCUCCAGCGGCCGCUCUUGUAAUAUGUGCACGUGAAUCUAUUUGCUGGCAAUAAAAUGUCUGGUGCCCA